AAGAAAAGUGCGAGGCAGGAAAUCAAAUCCAUCUUUUCUCCCUCUUCGCUGCACUACACUUUCUCCCUCCCAUUUCAUUAUUUUAUUUUUCAUAAUUUUCCGCCAUUUCUAAACAAAUUAAACAUCAUUUUAUACAAACCUUCGUAAAAGACGUUCUCAGCGUUUUCACCAUGCGCUUCGACAGUCACCUGUAUGAUGAUGAGAAUGACGAGCCGGUGAUGUGUUCCGACGACGGCGGCGGUGGCCGGCGCCGUCGAUCUCCGACGCCGGUACUUUUGGAAUCAAACCACCGAGAACGCCUCGUGAAGAGUGCUGGUGAUGCGGACGUGAAGGAGAUGUGGCGUACAGUGGCUGGUGGUGAUUCUGAGGAUGAUCGUGAGGUUGCUAAGAUGGUUGAUACUGCUUAUUGUUAUGGAACUGACACCAAACAACAGUCACCUGGUGAUGCUCCUCAGCAAGAAGAUAUUGCUGAAUUCACAAAUCCCUUUAACAGGGGAAGGAAGAAAAAGAAACGUGAGAAAUCUGCUGCAGAAAUUGCAUUGCUAGUUGAGCAAGUCCUGGCCGAGCUUGAAUUUGCUGCUGAAGAGGAUGUACUACUGAAUAUAGAGUCAAAACCUGCUGUAAACAAACUUAUGAAGCUGCCUUUUCUUACAGAUGUCCUGUCGAAGAAGCAGCUUCAACAUGAGUUUUUAGACCAUGGAAUUUUAACAGUUUUGAAGAGUUGGCUUGAACCACUUCCAGAUGGGAGCCUGCCGAGUAUAAAUAUCCGUGCAGCAAUACUGAAAAUUUUGACUAAUUUCCCAAUUGAUUUAGAUCAGUAUGAAAGAAAAGAGCAACUGAAGAAGAGUGGUCUGGGAAAGGUCAUAAUGUUUCUUUCAAGAUCUGAUGAAGAGACAGCAUCUAACAGAAAAGUUGCUAAGGAACUGGUUGACAGUUGGAGUCGAUCAAUCUUUAACAAGAGCACUAGGUUUGAGGACAUGAGAAAGUUUGAUGAUGAGAGGAUUCUGUUACAGGGGGCUUCUGGCAAAAGGGAAUCAAAGUGCGGCAAGUGGUCCUCUAGACAGCGUACUUUCAGGCCUGAGGCAAUGCCUUUGGAUUUUGUUGUCCGCCCUCCGUCCAAGAUUGAUCCUGACCUAGUGAGGGCCCGAGCUGAGCAUGUGGUGCAGGACCAGUGUCAUCUCAAGAUGAAAAAGAAAUUGGAACAGUUGAAAGCACCGAAAAGAAAGCAGCUUCAGGCGACGAAAAUUAGUGUGGAAGGCCGUACAAUGGUCAAGUACCUGUAAACUACCAAGGAGAAAACCACCAAAGCUACAUAGAUAAUUCUCUGCAAGUGCUUAAUCCACAUGUCUGUAAGGAUCGAAAAGAUACAUGCAUAUAUGAACCACCAAGUUACAAGACAAUAGCCUAUGCUUCUACCUUUAGUGCCCUUGCGUAGUGGUAGAUGGAGAUUACAGUGUCGAUCUUGCUUGUAAAAAAAACUAAAAAUUCAGGUGCUUCCACUUAUAAACUAUGAAUAGGUUUAUUCUA